AUGGCCGGCGGCCGGAGGGGACUCGUGGCCCCGCAGAACACUUUCCUGGAGAAUAUAGUGAGGAGAUCAAACGAUACAAAUUUUGUCCUGGGGAAUGCUCAGAUCGUGGACUGGCCCAUCGUCUAUAGUAACGAUGGAUUCUGCAAACUGUCUGGAUAUCACCGUGCUGAGGUCAUGCAGAAGAGCAGCACCUGCAGUUUUAUGUAUGGCGAGCUCACAGACAGAGAAACGAUGGAGAAAGUGCGACUGACAUUUGAGAACUAUGAGAUGAAUUCAUUCGAGAUCCUAAUGUACAAGAAGAAUAGAACACCAGUGUGGUUCUUUGUGAAAAUUGCUCCCAUACGGAACGAACAGGAGAAAGUAGUGCUUUUCCUUUGCACAUUUAAUGACAUCACAGCCUUCAAACAGCCAAUUGAAGACGAGUCCUAUAAAGGUUGGGGUAAAUUUGCACGCCUGACCAGAGCCCUGACCAGCAGUCGAGGCGUCCUGCAGCAGCUCCAGCCCACUGUUCACAAAGGAGAAAAUGUUCAUAAACAUUCCCGUCUGACUGAGGUGCUGCAACUCGGCUCGGACAUCCUGCCUCAGUAUAAACAGGAGACGCCAAAGACUCCACCGCACAUCAUCUUACAUUACUGCGCCUUCAAGACCACAUGGGACUGGGUAAUCCUUAUCCUCACCUUCUACACAGCCAUCAUGGUCCCCUACAAUGUCUCGUUUAAGACCAAGCAGAACAACGUGGCAUGGCUGGUGGUGGACAGCGUAGUGGACGUCAUCUUCCUGGUGGACAUCGUCCUGAACUUCCACACCACAUUUGUGGGGCCGGCUGGUGAGGUCAUCUCUGACCCCAAGCUGAUCCGCAUGAACUACCUGAAGACAUGGUUCGUGAUUGACCUGCUGUCUUGCCUCCCCUAUGAUGUCAUCAAUGCCUUUGAGAACGUUGAUGAGGGCAUCAGCAGUUUGUUCAGUUCUCUGAAGGUGGUGCGUCUGCUGCGUCUGGGCCGAGUGGCACGUAAACUGGAUCACUAUAUUGAAUAUGGUGCCGCUGUGCUUGUGCUGUUGGUGUGUGUGUUUGGUCUCGCUGCACAUUGGCUUGCGUGCAUCUGGUACAGUAUUGGAGACUAUGAAGUCAUUGAUGAGGAGACAAACGUGGCACGUAAAGAUAGUUGGCUGUACAUGCUGGGCGAGACAGGAGGCACACCAUACCGCUUUAAUGCCACAGGCACAGGGAGGUGGGAGGGCGGCCCCAGCAAGGACUCCGUCUACAUCACCUCACUAUACUUCACCAUGACGAGUCUGACCAGCAUUGGCUUUGGCAAUAUCGCACCCACCACUGAUGGAGAGAAGAUCUUUGCUGUGGCCAUGAUGAUGAUUGGAUCUCUCCUCUAUGCCACCAUCUUUGGUAACGUGACCACGAUCUUCCAGCAGAUGUAUGCCAACACUAACCGUUAUCACGAGAUGCUGAACAGCGUACGAGAUUUCCUCAAACUCUACCAGGUUCCUAAAGGCCUGAGUGAGAGAGUGAUGGACUACAUCGCCUCCACCUGGUCCAUGUCCAGGGGCAUCGAUACAGACAAGGUGCUCCAGAUCUGCCCUAAAGACAUGCGAGCUGAUAUCUGUGUGCACCUGAACAGGAAGGUGUUUAAGGAACAUCCCGCUUUCCGAUUGGCCAGCGACGGCUGUCUGCGUGCCCUCGCCAUGGAGUUCCAGACCAUCCACUGCGCUCCAGGGGACCUGAUUUACCACGCAGGGGAGAGCGUCGACACUCUGUGCUUCGUUGUCUCAGGGUCACUUGAGGUCAUCCAGGAUGAUGAGGUUGUCGCCAUACUGGGGAAAGGCGAUGUGUUUGGAGAUGUGUUCUGGAAGGAAGUGACGUUAGCACAGUCGUGUGCUAACGUGCGAGCGCUAACGUACUGCGACCUGCACGUGAUUAAACGUGAUGCGCUUCAGAAAGUUCUGGAGUUUUACACACCGUUCUUCAAUCACUUCUCACGCAACCUACUGCUGACCUACAACCUCCGUAAACGGAUUGUAUUUAGGAAGAUCAGCGAUGUGAAGCGUGAGGAAGAGGAGCGGCUGAAGAGGAAGAACGAGGCACCACUUGACCUACCCCCUGAUCAUCCAGUGCGACGUUUGUUCCAGCGCUUUCGGCAGCAAAAAGAGGCGCGACUGGCUGCAGCACGAACCAAUCGUGAUGAACUGGAUGUUGAGAAGGGCCAUGUCCAUAAUGACAUCAUCACACAUGACCCUGUAGCCACCACCAGCAUCAUAACAGUCACUGAGAGCCCAGCCACACCCAUUCCCUCAAACUCCAGGCCAGAUUUUGUGCAGAAUCCCUCGGACCGAGAUAAACUGCAAGCACCUAAUGCACUUGGAAUUAUCCGGCCAUCAGAGGGCCGCAGCGCUCGGGGGUGGGCACGCUUCAGGGAGAUCAGAGCCAAACCAGAGAGCUGGGCCAAUGUUGCUAAAGCCGAAUCGAUGGAAACACUUCCUGAGCGCAGUUGCAAAUCAGCUGAGCCUGGGAAUCUGAAAAAGACAGACUCUUGCGACAGUGGCUUUACCAAGAGUGACCUGAGACUGGAUGAAGGGGGUGGAGCCAGAACACCUACAGACCGCAGUCCGGUCAGUCAACUGGACAAAAAGUUGCCGCCCACUGUCCCGCCCAUCCCUGAAUGUACAAUCCACAGCACACUGCUUGAUUUGCGUGCCGAGCUCAGGUCCGAGUUAACGUCGCUCGGGAAUCGCAUUAGCGCACUCGAGUCACAGUUAGCUGAAGUGUUGCAGCUGCUCCGGGACAGAAACACUUCAACAAUACACACUCCUCCAUUAUUCCACAUCUCACAUCCCGCAUCACCCGACUCGGACAAGGAGGACAUCUUCUGCUAAAGGAAUGUGUGCAUGUGGGCUUGGGAAAAGGUUUGAAAAGUGAAAGUCCCUGUGAUGAGAGGAAUAUCAGACAUUUUUAACAUUAUGGGGAUGUCAAAAGAAAAUUACUUUUUUACUAAAUAAAUGCCAAAAA